AUGAACAAAGAUUCUUUUUUUAUUAAUACUAAGAGAUAUAUUUUGGAAGGCGGUGAGGAUAUUCAUAUGGAGAUAGAUACAGAUAUUGAUUUAUUUGAGAUUACCAAAUUCGACUACAGAAAAAUAUUCAAUAAGUAUGGGCAUCAGAAUGUGAGCUAUAGAGAAAUUUUGCACAAAAUAUUUGAAGUUGAGAAUGAAUUGGACUUAGAUAUGGAUCAUGUGAGGUCAUAUUAUAAAGGUCACCCAUAUGAAUGGAAAGAAUUAUUCAUCUUUUUUUGUGUUAUGCCAUUUACUGAAUAUGAAUUUGAAGGAUCUGAUGGAAGUUCACUAAACCCUGAUACCCUACGUAAGGCCAGUCUGAGCCAAGCUACUGACAACAUUCUAAUUCGGACUUUUUCGGAUAUAGAGUUUGAAUCAUUUAAUGAGGAGAUUCCGGAAAGCAGAUUCGCAAAUAACUUGCAAUGUAUUUUGAAAACAGACCUAUUCUCUAAUACGUUUAGCGAGGAUCAAAGAAAAAAAGUAA